AUGGGGAGAAAUAAAAAUAAUAUAGUAAACAAUAAAUAUUAUUUUUUGUUGAUUUAUUUUUGGGUCAUAUUUAUGUAUCCAUGCGAGACAAAUAAAGGAACUAUGAAGCCACUAAAUUUUUUGAAAGGAAAGAAUGGUUUUUCUAAUAUAGUUAAAAACAAAGUGAAGCAUUUAAAUAGUAUAAAUAGAAUUGAUCAUAUAACAAAUAAUGAGAAUAAAAUUAUUUUGAAUGAUGAUAAUUAUUUAUAUGAAAUGAAAAAUAUAAAGGUUAAAAGAAAUAUAAGUGAAGCUUUACAUAUGGCAAUAUAUGAAGAAAUGAAAAAAGAUAAAGGUGUAUAUGUGAUUGGAGAAGAUGUAGGGUUGUAUGGAGGUUCAUAUAAAGUUACAAAAAAUUUAGCUCACUUUUUUGGUUUUUCUAGAGUUUUAGAUACACCUAUAUGUGAAAAUGCUUUUAUGGGAUUAGGUAUAGGUUCAGCAAUUAAUGACUUAAGACCUAUAAUUGAAGGUAUGAACUUGUCUUUUCUAAUAUUAGCUUUUAAUCAAAUAUCAAAUAAUGCAUGUAUGAUGAGAUAUAUGUGUGAUGGUCAAUUUAAUAUUCCUAUAGUUAUUAGAGGUCCAGGAGGUAUAGGAAAACAAUUAGGUCCUGAACAUUCUCAAAGAAUUGAAUCCUAUUUAAUGAGUAUACCAGGUAUUAAAAUUGUUUCAUGUUCAACUCCUUUUAAUGCUAGAGGAUUAUUAAAAUCAGCUAUUAGAGAUAAUAAUCCUAUAUUAUUUCUAGAGCAUGUUUUAUUAUAUAAUUAUGAACAGGAAAUUCCUCUCUUACCUUACACCUUACCUAUUGAUAAAGCUGAAGUUGUUAAGAAAGGAAAAGAUCUAACUGUUUUGUCAUAUGGAAUAACAAGACAUUUAGCUUCAGAAGCAGCAAAUGAAUUAACAAAAUUUAAUAUAGAUAUAGAAGUCAUUGAUUUAAUUUCAUUAAAACCAUUUGACAUGCAAACUAUAGAAAAAUCUCUUAAAAAAACAAAGAAAUGUUUAAUUUUGGAUGAAUCAGCUGGUUUUGGAGGUAUAGGAGCUGAAUUAUAUACACAAGUUAUAGAAAACUUUUCUUCAUAUUUAAUAACAAAACCUAUUAGAUUAUGUACUAAGGAUAUACCUAUAGCUUAUUCUAAUAAAUAUGAAGAUGCAUGUAUUAUCAAGAAGGAAGAUGUUGUAUAUAUGUCUACAUAUCUUCAUUCUCUAUCAUUUUGA